CAAGGACACUAGAAGAAUGGCUUGAGCCACCGGAACGCGACCAAACACCUUCAAUGGAAAGUUUACACGUCAUUAUCUUGCGACAGAUUGACUGUGCCGGUGUCACACUGUAACGCGUUCGAAACGUUUAACAGGUGGUGGGAGAUUAUUAACCUGGCAUAUAUAGUAUACCUUAAGAAACACACAGAUAUUUGUCUUAGAUUUGGAAUAAAUAAUGCACAGAAUUUUAAAUUCUAAAUAUUUCGUUUCUGCCGUGUCCUUGACCGUGGGAGCGGGGAUAGGCGCUGCUUGGGUGGGAUUGAAAUCAGAAGGACUCGGGACGCAGGAGCAGCUGGAUGGAGUUCUUAAACGAAUUCCAGUCCUCCCUAUUCCAAGUGUGGACGCUUUAGCUACAGACCUUACGCAUUAUCAGAAGAAUCUGGCCGGAACGUCUAGAGCCACGUCAGUGAUGAAAUAUGGUUUUCCUUCCCUGUCCAACAUAAAAACCAGGGAGUCUUACGUUGUCUCCUACGACUCCAGAAACAGGACUGCGCACUGGGUAAUUGAACAGCUUAACGGGGAGACCUUGACAGGAGACUCCGAUAGAAAGUUCUGCGAUUUUAAAGAGGACGACACUGUGCACAGUUAUCACAGGGCGGCGAACGCAGAUUACAAAGGCAGCGGCUUCGAUAGGGGUCACCUGGCCGCCGCGGCAAAUCACAAAUGGAGCCAAAAAGCGAUGGAAGAGACGUUUUACCUCAGUAACGUUGCGCCACAGAAUCCGCAUUUAAACCAGAACGCGUGGAAUAACUUGGAGAAGUACUGCCGCGCGCUUACCAGACAUUACCAGAACGUGUUUGUUUGCACGGGGCCACUGUAUUUACCCAGACAGGAGCCAGAUGGGAAGGUAUAUGUGAAAUACCAAGUGCUGGGGAAGAACAAUGUGGCGGUGCCCACACACUUCUUCAAGGUGGUCAUUCUGGAGAAGCACAAAGGCGAGGUGGAGCUCCGUUCGUACGUGAUGCCCAACGCGCCUGUGGACGACAAGAUCCCGCUGGAGCGCUUCCUCGUGCCUAUCGAGAGCAUCGAGAGAGCCUCUGGGCUUCUCUUUGUGCCCAACAUCCUGAAAAGCACUGGCAGCCUCCGGGCGAUCACUGCCGGGGGACAGUGAAGCCACCCACAACACUGACAUGCAAAGAAGUAUCUGGUUCUUUAAGAUCCAGGUAUGCUUUUCCAAACUGUGAACUCCUGAAGCUUGUAAAAUAAGUUAACGUGGGUGUUUUAAUUUGCAUGGUGUAAAUCAAAAGCUAAUAAGGGCGAACAGAUGGGGUGAUUUUAAAGACUUUAAACGGGUGUUAUUUAAAAGAUGAAAUAAUUUAUGUAUUUUAAUUUUGUAAUAAACCUGAACAACAAACCUCUGCUAUAUUUAUGUCUGUUUCAUGCACAUACACCACCUUAACCAGUUUUUGUUCCACAAGUAAUGAAAGCACAGUUAACACCAAUGAUGAUGGGCCUAAUACUUUUAAUGGAUUACACUGAAUGUUUGGACAUGGCUUUAAUAUAAUACAAUUUUGUAAAAUCAUGAAAAUCACACCUUCAUUAAGAAAUAAACACCCCAGGCUGGUUUCUAAGCAUCUUGGAAACUACCAGGAAAAUACUCCUAACAUAGAAGAUAUUUUUUUCCCAA